ACUACCUCAACCCCAUCAUGUCCUUCUCCAUCCAAUUCGAAUCCGCCGGCAUCUACCACAUCGGCACCCCCUCCCAACAAAUGCUCGUUUCCUUCGAAGAGCUGCUCGGCUUCCACGCGGGCAUUAUCGGUCUACUAGAAUACGGCCACGGAUGGCGAGUCACAAAAGCAGCCAUCCGACGACUUAUCGCACGUCUUCGCUGGCGACCGAUGGACAGCCCAUACUCUGUGUGCAUCGACAGUUCGGGUCCCAUAUACUAUGUGAUUACACACGGCGAGGAUGCAAUUCGAAUUACGGCGCAGGAGCUCGACGCGUCGCUGUUCGGACGCGUGAUUAAGAAACAGUGGGAUCGGGGAACGGAUGAUGGGUGGGUGGUGAUUGGGUUAUCGAUCCUCCGGGCGUUUGUGUAUGGAAUGUGGAAGAAUUUGGCGUAUCAGAUGCGGUGGAGGAAGGUUGGAGCUACUUGA